UUUGCCAUGGCAAGGGGUCUGUUUCCAUGUGGGUGCUACAGAAAGCCUGUCUACAUCCAGGCCCGAUUCUCCUACCUACAUAUGAAGUACCUUUUCUUUUCCUGGCUGGCAGUGUUUGUGGGUAGCUGGAUAGUGUAUGUGGAGUAUUCAUCCUACACAGAGCUCUGCCGUGGGCACGACUGUAAAAAUUCUAUAUGUGACAAGUACAGAAAUGGAGUAAUUGAUGGCUCGGCCUGCAGCAGCCUGUGUGAGAAAGACACUCUUUACCUGGGCAAGUGCCUCUCCGCCAAGCCCAACAGCCAGGUAUACUCUGGGAGCUGGGGGGAUCUGAACGGGGUCAUCAAGUGUCAGAUAGAGGACGUUCCUCAUUAUGACCUUGGAGCUGAGAUGGAGCUUAGGAAGGAAGCAAUAGCCUUCAACAAGCCCACUAAGGGUACUUCUGUGGAGAAAUUCAAAGAGAUGGUCCUUAGCCUCUUGAAGGCCAAGGUGGGGGAUCAGGCCAAUGUCUCAGACUUGGCAAACAUAGUACUUUCUAUUGCUGACGCCAACAAGGACGGGCACAUCUCACUGCCUGAGGCUCGCUCCAUGUGGGCCCUGCUUCAGCUCAACGAGUUCCUGUUGGAAAUAGUCCUGCAGGACAGAGAGCACACUCCCAGGCUUCUGGGCUUCUGCGGGGACCUGUAUGUGACAGAGAAGGUACAACACUGUCCGUUGUAUGGGAUCAGUUUACCGUGGGUUUUAGAGCUGUGGCUUCCUACUGGUUUGCAUCGCAGAAUGGACCAGUGGUUCACUCCUUCAUGGCCACGCAAGGCUAAGAUCUCCAUCGGACUGCUAGAACUGGUAGAGGACAUUUUCCAUGGUACUUUCGGAAGUUUCCUCAUGUGUGAUGUACGUGCUGCCAAUUUCGGCUACAAUGACCGGCAUGACUUUAAGGUGAUGGACACGCGGUACAUCAUUCCUGAGGCGACCUUCCAAGAAGGGAUGAGGGAGCGGCGCUGCAGUGUAGAUGAGGACUGUCUCUAUGGUGCAGACUGCCACACUUCCUGUGAUCUCACCAAGCACCGGUGCACACCAGAGGUGACCAGGCCAAAUUUGGCCAAAGCCUGCGGAACUCUCAAGGACUACAUCCUGAGGGGUGCACCGUCUGAUGUACACGAAGAACUGGAGAAGCAGCUGUAUGCCUGCAUUGCACUUAAGGGAUCUGCGGACCAGAUGGAAAUUGAGCAUUCUCUAAUUCUUAACAAUCUUAAGACCUUGUUAUGGAAGAAGAUAUCUCAUACCAAAGACUCCUAGUGAUAGUGAAGAGGCAUCACAUCCAGACUGAAGAAUAUUUUCAAUGAAUCAUGGGACAAUCCCUUUAACUGUAAUGAGCAGA